AUGGCUGGAAUGGCAGGAGGGACUCUGAAACCUUCGGAUCUUGACCAUCUUGAGCUGGAUCCCACGAAGAGCGAGUCAUCAACCGAGGAGAUCGACUGGACAGAGCAGGAAGAGACAGCCAUCAGGAGAAAGAUUGACCGGCGAAUUGUCCCUCUGGUCACCUUGUUGUACCUCUUUUGCUUUCUCGAUCGCGCCAACAUCGGCAAUGCUCGCAUUCAGGGAAUGGCCAAGGACCUUGACCUUGUUGGUUAUCGCUUCAACUGGGCGCUGAGUGUCUUCUACAUUGUCUAUCUCUUGGUGGAAGUUCCCAGCAAUAUCCUCCUGAAGCACAUCGGCCCUCGAUUCUAUAUUCCGGGACUGGUCUUUGGCUUCGGGUUGGUGUCCCUCUGUACCGCCUUUGUUAAAAACUUCGACCAGCUGUGUGUCGCGAGGGCGUUUCUGGGUAUCUUCGAAGGCGGGACCAUGCCCGGGAUCUCAUUCUUCCUGAGCACAUUCUACAAGCGGCGGGAGUUGUAUUUUCGAAUUGGAAUUUUCAUCUCGGCUGCUUCGAUCGCAGGGGCUUUUGGAGGUUUGUUUGCCACAGCUCUCUCCUGGAGAAAUAUCUUCUUUUUCGAGGGCUUGAUCACUACCAUCGUCGCUGCGGCUGCUCCGGCUUUAAUGCCGUCUAAUCCACAGACUUGUCGGUUCCUCACCGAACGAGAACGGCAUAUUGCGCAUGAACGGUUGAUCCGAGAGCAUCGCGCUGAUCCAAUGGAGAAGGUUCAGUGGCAUCACAUCAGAGCCGCCAUCUUCAACAUCAACAACAAUCUUUGUGCCGCUGGCUUCUUCCUCAUCAACAUCACCGUCCAAGGUCUGUCCAUUUUUAUGCCGACAAUCCUGGCGGAUCUGGGCUGGACCGCAACCAAGGCACAACUAUAUUCGGUGCCGCCUUAUGUGGCUGCAUGUCUCGUGGCGAUUUUGAUUGCAUACAUCAGCGACAAAACUCGCAGGCGUGGCAUUUACCUCGCAUUGGCCACCUUCCUCCCUAUUGCCGGCUUCUCUAUCCUUCGAUGGAGCACCAAUGCCUCCAUCCGCUACAUGGCCGUGUAUUUUAUCACUACAGGAGCAUUCCCCGGUGGACCUGGGUUCCUAUCGUGGGGAAUCAACAAUUCUGCUGGACCAGCCGUGCGGGCUGUUGCGACUGCGUGGAUUGUCUCAGUUGGCACAUUAGGAGGUGUCCUCGCCACAUGGACCUACCUUGUCCGCGACGCACCUCGAUACCCCAUUGGCCACACCAUCAAUCUGUCAGCCCAGAUCAUCGUCCUCUGUGUUGCUAGCUUCGGCAUUGCAUACAACAUGCGUGAGAAUCGGGUGCGGGAUCAAGGAAGGAGGGCCCAUCGACUUGAGGGAUUGAAUGACGCUGAGAAGCGGGACCUGGGGCAUAAGCACCCUGACUUUAGGUAUAUUCCGUGA